AGUCAAAAGGACACAUAUACACAGGUGGGUGUAUAGUAGAAGUCCACGUAGAUGUUUCAGGUCGACUGGCAGUAGGGUUGUAAAGUAGUCUCUUUGUUUUCGUGGUUGGUUUGAUGUUGGCAGCUGCGAAUUGAAGCUGUAUGUUUCCUUAUGUUUGAAGUUGGUGUCAACCAACAACAGGUGGUUAUCCGAGUAACAUCGAAAUAAACCAUCACAGUUGUCGGUUUAUCAGAAUGAAAGUUACUUAACUAUUCACUUGUUUUGUUGUAUCACAAUAUCAAAAGUAUAAGGUUUUGUGCCUUUAUAUUCUUGGGAGUCGAUUUGACGCUUAACCAGCAGACAAAUCACCGGUCAUAACAGCCACAUAUUAACGCUGGUUUUCUGGUGUCAUGAGGGACGAAUCUGCACUUGAUUGCAUGCAUGUGCUUUUCCGAAUUUAGCUUUGGCAACAGUUGAUGUAAAUGCAGUGAGAUAAUUUUUACUGAAUCUUAAAUAAGUCGAAAAGUUGUAUCUUGUUUUAAAAUGAAUUUUAUUUCACAGUGUUUAUGUGUUUCUUAACACAGCUAUAAAUAAUGUUUCUAUUAAAUUCUAGUGUUUCAAAUCAUGGCAGUUGUACAAAAUGUUCACAAUGUUGAAUGGAAAUUGGGUCGUUCAGAUGAUAAUUCAGACUACAAUGCUCAUACGCUAAACAAGGCGUCAUCAGUUGCCAAGGUCCGAUUUUCUUCACCUGAAGAUUUUGUGCGUAAAUCAGGUGGAGUGAGAAUAAUAGAGAAGAUUCUUAUCGCGAAUAAUGGUAUUGCAGCAGUCAAGUGUAUGCGUUCCCUACGGAAAUGGUCGUACGCUACAUUCGGUAGUUCAGAUGUCCUACGUUUUGUAUGCAUGGCAACACCAGAAGAUAUACAAGCCAACGCAGAAUACAUUAAAAUGGCUAAUAAAAUGGUUUUAGUCCCCGGCGGUUCAAAUGUAAAUAAUUAUGCAAAUGUUGAACUAAUUCUACAGACUGCUGUGACGAAUAAAGUUGAUGCUGUAUGGGCUGGAUGGGGUCAUGCUUCAGAAAAUCCUCAGCUACCUGAAGUUCUUAGUAAACACAAUAUUGCAUUUCUUGGACCUUCGCAUCAAGCUAUGUGGACACUUGGCGAUAAGGUCGCUUCAACAAUUCUCGCUCAAAGUGCCUGCGUACCAACUCUCCCUUGGAGUGGUUCUGAUAUAACUAUACCACUUGACCGAUUGGCUAAUGGACAGUCGACUGCAAAACAUUCAGAAGCUGAUGAUUCUAUUCCACAUAUUAUAAAGUCAUCUGGUGGUUUCCCUCAAAGAUCAUCUAUACCCACUAGUCCGAUAUCUGAAGAACUAUAUCGUUCUGGUUGUGUUGCAGACUUGACAAGUUGUCUGCAAUGCGCUGAGAAAAUUGGCUAUCCAGUUAUGAUUAAAGCGUCUGGUGGUGGAGGGGGCAAAGGCAUUCGAAAAGCAAUGAACAGUACCGAUGUUGAACGAUUCUUUCCACAGGUGCAAGCUGAAGUACCUGGUUCACCGAUUUUUGUAAUGAAAUGUGCAAGUUCUGUCCGUCAUCUAGAAGUUCAAAUACUCGGUGAUAAUUAUGGUCAGGCUAUUAGUUUAUUCGGUCGUGAUUGUUCAGUUCAACGGAGGCAUCAAAAAAUCAUUGAAGAGGCACCUGUUAUUGUAGCACCAAAAGAAAUUAUUGAAAAAAUGGAACAGGCUGCCGUACGUCUUUCAAAAUUAGUUGGUUAUGUCAGUGCUGGAACAGUAGAAUAUUUGUAUGAUCCUACUUCUAACGAAUUCUACUUUUUGGAAUUAAAUCCACGUCUUCAAGUUGAACAUCCUUGUACUGAAGUAGUUGCUGAAGUCAAUUUACCAGCCUGUCAGCUACAGAUUGCUAUGGGUAUUCCCCUACAUCGCAUUAAAGAUAUACGCGAGCUGUACCUUGUUUCUCCAUGGUCUGAAUCAAACAUUGAUUUUGAUGAUCCCAACAUUAAUCGACGACCGCCGAGUUGUUAUGUAAUAGCUGCUCGUAUUACAAGUGAAGAUCCUGAUGAGGGUUUUAAACCUCGGCCUGGUGGUGUACGCGAGUUAAACUUUCGAAGUAAUCAGUCUGUUUGGGGAUAUUUCAGUGUUGGAAGUGCUGGUGGCAUUCAUGAAUUCGCUGAUUCACAGUUCGGUCAUAUAUUCUCAGCAGGUGAGAAUAGAGAACAUGCUAGAGAGAAUAUUGUUUUAGCCUUGAAAGAAUUAUCUAUUCGUGGAGAUUUUAGAACUACAGUUGAAUAUCUGAUCAAGGUUAUGGAAUCGGAGGCGUUUAUGAAUCAUAAAAUUGAUACAGAUUGGUUGGAUACACGUAUCGCUCAAAAUGACCAGGUUGAAAAACCCGACACUUUACUUGGAGUGAUUUGCACUGCUCUGCACAUCGCAGAUAAUUGCUUGAAACAACUAUUUCUUAACUACGAAUUGCAUUUAGAAAGAGGUCAAUUUCUACCGUCGAAAACACUGACCAAUAGUGUUGAUGUUGUUCUAGUGUCAGAUUCCGUUAAAUUUGUCGUCAAAGUCUUGCGCACUGGACCGUCAAAUUUCAGUCUUAUCUGCUGUGACACUGUAUUGGACUUAGAAGUGCAUCGAAUGCCCGGUGAUGGCUUACUUGUUUGUCAUGAAGCUGCUAGCUACAUGACCUAUUGUCAUGAAGAAGCUCAAGGCUAUCGAACUGUAAUCAACAAUCGUACAAUGAUGCUGUGUAAAGAAACUGAUCCUACUGUAUUGAGAUCUCAUUCAGCUGGUAAACUUUUACAAUACUGUGUCACUGAAAGAUCACAUGUCUGCGCUAAUGAAGUGUAUGCUCUUAUUGAAGUUAUGAAAAUGGUGUUGGAAUUGCGUGUCCCAACGUCUGGAAUUAUAACAUUAAAACGAAUUCCCGGUGCUGUUCUAGAACCAGGCACAGAAUUGGCACGUAUUGAAUUGGAUGAAUCGAGUCAAUUGAAACCUUUGCAUAUAUUCACUGGACCAUUUAGUCUGCCAACAGAAUACGGUGAUUUCAGUCAAUCGUCAUGUUCUCGAAAGUUAUUGUUUCCUCCACAGUCUAACAUUCUUUAUUCAACAGCGAAUAUAUCUUAUCAGUCAUCUGGACAAUCGACGACGACGAGUCAUCCUGUUGAAGUUGAAAACCCAGUCGAUGAUAACCUAAACUACUGGAAUUGUAUGACCUCUAAACUGCAUAAUAGAAAUGAGUCAGUAUCGAAUGGUGACUCAGGCUUCAACUCAUCGAGUACGCACAGUUUGUCAGGUUUAACUUCGAAUUCAGUUGGUGGGAAAUUACACCUGCAAUUCUCCAGAUUACUUGAAUCAUUGGAACAAAUAUUAUUUGGUUAUUGCCUAUCAGAACCAUAUUUUAGUAAAUCGUUAGUAAAGAAUUUAAAUCAACUGUUUGGAUUGUUAUAUGAUCCACGUCUGCCGCUGCUUGAACUACAGGAUACAAUCGCUCAUUUGAAAGGUCAACUACCACCAGCUAUGGAGAAAGCUUUGCGUCUUCAUGCCAAAGUCUACGCCGAUCAAGCAACUUCAGUUUUAGCCAACUUUCCAUCAGAUCAAAUUCUUCAAAUAACUGAAAAGCAUUUAAAACAAAUCAAUCCUGAUGCAAGUAUUAACUGUACAUCAACUGAUCCAAAUGUAAUAGAAUUCCAACGAAUUACUCAACGAUUAGUCGAUUUAUCUGAACGUUAUCGAAAUGGCCUACGUGGUCAUACUGUUCGUGUUAUAUCUCAAUUAUUUAUGGGCUAUGUUGUCAUUGAGAAACAUUUUCAACAUGGUCAGUAUGAUAAGUGUAUCCGACAUCUACUCGCCAGAUGCCAAGGUUCCAAUCUAUGGGGUAAUGCACCGAAAUCGGGUAUAUGCCCUGGUGACAAUACUGCUGUUCAAGAUGACGGAUUGAAUAAUCUCACCUUUCACUUGGUCCCAUUCAACUUUCGUAAUUUAAUUCAACCAAAUUCAAUCUCAGAUAUUGUCUCAGUCAUCUUUUCACAUCGUCAGUCAGCGAUGAAAAAUGUUUUAAUUAUUAACCUAAUCAAUGCUUUGACUGAACGACGUGAAUUAAGCAUGGCAGAUAAUUUACAAAGUUGUUUAAAAGCUUUAACUGAAUUGGGCGGAUCAAGAAAUUCAAAAGUUGCAUUGGCAGCACGUCAGUUGCUUAUCUCUGUGCAAACACCAUCAUAUGAAUUAAGACGAAAUCAAGUGGAAUCAAUUUUCUUGUCAGCAGUGGAUACAUUCGGUCAGCAAUUCCAUCCGGGAUUACUGUUGCAGUUGAUUAACUCAGAGACUGUUGUCUUUGACAUUUUGACAGAAUUCUUCUAUCAUUCUAAUCAAGCUGUGGCCAGUGCUGCAUUAGAAGUUUACAUAAGACGUUCAUAUACAGCCUAUGAAUUGACUGGUGUACACCACUUUCAAUUAUCCUGUGGUAGUUCAUUCUUUACAUUUCGAUUUAUCCUUCCAACUGGAUUUGUGUCCAGUUCCUCAACUGUGAACCGGCGUUCAUCAGAUUCAGAAAAGGCAAACUGUCAAAGGUUUAAUUCGGAUCAUUUGCUUUAUUCGCCAAUAUCAGAAGGCGUUCAAAUUGUCAAUAAUACUAAUAAUAAUAACCAUUAUACUAGUAGUAAUACUAAUAACAGUGCUGAAUCUUCACUGCCCAAUGGAUAUCAUUCAGAUCAGCAUGAUCCUACAAAUCAUAAUUUGUCAAUAACAAAUUGUUUCCAAAGCAUGAUUGAUAUGGACAGUAUCCCAUUAUCGGGUGAACGUAUGGGUGGCAUGGCUGCAUUCAAGUCGUUAAAAAAUCUUGAAGAAUCGUUUGGUGAAUUAAUGCGAUUAUUUAAUUCAGCCUGUACAGAAGCGAAGAGUAUUCACACUUCAUUAUCUGAACCGACUUUCGAUUAUGCUCGCCAAUUCACUGCUGAUGUCCACUGUAAAUCACACGAUAGUGAAAGUUUAAACAAUGCUGUUGGAUUAGGUGGGACAAAGUUGGUCAGUUUUCAAGAUCCACCUUAUCAAACGCAGACUGAUCCUCAAGGAGAACCGAUUCAUAUACUAAAUAUUGCCUUGCGUCAGUCGUCAGAUACUGGCAUGGCGUCAUCUCGGACACCAGACGAGAAGGCAACUAGAUUCACAAGUCUACCUGAUUCAGUCAUCAAUGAAGCGAGUGAUGUAUCACAGCUGGAAGAAUUUUGUUCACGUCAUGUGGAUCAAUUGAGAGCGUCUGGUAUCCGACGGAUUACUUUUUUAGUUAUUAAAACAAGAGAAUUCCCACGACUGUAUACAUUUCGUGCACGUGAUAAUUAUCGAGAGGAUAGAGUCUAUCGACAUUUGGAACCAGCUUUGGCUUUCCAGUUGGAGUUGAAUCGAAUGAAAAAUUAUAAUCUUGAACACCUACCGACACUAAAUCGUCGUAUGCAUUUGUAUCUAGGUUGCAGUAAGAUAAACGGAAGGAAAGAUGUAGUCGACUAUCGAUUCUUUGUUCGAUGUAUUAUUCGACAUGCUGAUUUAGUUUCACGUGAAGCUUCAUUCGAAUACUUACAAUCAGAAGCUGAACACAUUCUCUUAGAAGCAAUGGAUGCUUUAGAGUUGGCUUCUGCACAUCCUGAUGCAUGUCGUACAAUGGGAAAUCAUAUCUUUUUAAAUUUUGUCCCAGUUUUACUCCUUGAAGAUAUUAAUAGAUUGAAGUCAACAAUUCGAAGAACUGUAAUGCGGUAUGCCCGACGCUUCUUGCGCUUACGUGUGUCUCAAGCAGAGUUAAAGCUUCACAUCCGAUUCCAUGCUUCUGAUCCAGUUGUUCCGAUUCGUGUUAUGCUCAGAGAUGAGCAUGGUUAUGAUUUAGGCCUGGAGGUGUACCGGGAAGCAUUGGAUCCGGUAACUGGUAUUUGUAUUCUCCAGUCAUUGAGCCCUCAGAAUGGUCGAUUACACGGACAUCCAGCUGUUACAGCUCAUGAAAAUAAAGACUUCUUUGAAGUGAAGCGUUUUCAGGCUAGGAAAUAUAAUACCACUUACGUUUACGACUAUCCAGCUUUAUUCGCACAAGCACUAACCGGUGUAUGGCAAAGUUAUAGCCCUUAUGUAGUAGGCGGUGGAAAUCAUGAGUUAAUGUCAAUGGGAGAAAAUACUACAAGUGAAUCGAUGAAGCGGCAGACAUCACAGUGUAACAAUACUCUAUCCAAAUUCCAUGGUUUAAUCCCUUUGAAUAUUCCAGACAAUUUAGUCAUAUCGUGUACAGAAUUAUCAUUAGAUAAGAAUGGAAAUUUACGACCAAAUACAAACACUCUGGGUACUAAUGAAAUUGGAAUGGUUGUGUGGUAUAUGGUGUUACGCACACCAGAAACUCCGUCUGGUCGUCCACUGAUAGUGAUUGCAAACGAUGCCACUUUUAAAGCUGGAUCAUUUGGCCCAGCUGAAGACUUGACUUUUCAUCGUGCUAGUCAAUUGGCGCGGCACUUUGGCAUACCUCGAUUUUAUCUGGCCUCGAAUACUGGAGCGCGAAUAAAAAUUGCCGAGGAUCUUAAGGUUGUUUUCAAUAUUGCUUGGAUUGACCCUGAACAUCCUGAGAAGGGUUACAAGUACUUGUAUCUAACACCGGAUGAUUAUUAUCGUUUUAAAUCUGAGGAAGCUGUGAAUUGUGAACGAGUUGAAGAAAACGGAGAGAUUCGUUUCAAAAUUGUUGAUAUUAUUGGUAAAGAGCAUGAUAUGUCUGUAGAGAAUCUUCGUGGUUCAGCUAUGAUAGCCGGAGAGACAUCUGCAGCUUAUGAUGAUAUAUUCACUAUUACAGUAGUCACCAAUCGUGCAAUAGGCAUUGGAGCUUAUCUAGCUCGUCUUGGUCAACGUGUCAUUCAGGUUAACAAUUCGCACAUUAUUCUAACCGGUGCAAUGGCUUUGAAUAAACUACUCGGACGAGAGGUAUACUCCAGCAACAGUCAAUUAGGCGGUGUUCAGGUUAUGGCAAACAAUGGUGUUUCGCAUUUAGUAGCAUCGGAUGAACUGUCUGCCUUGCAAUUAGCCAUUGAAUGGUUAAGUUAUAUUCCACAACAUCCUGAUAAAACAUUUUCAGUAUUGUAUAAACCGAUACAAAUUGAACAAGGGCAUAAUUUUCAUAAAACUAUGCAACCUAGGAUAGAGAUUUCAUCACAUCUACAAGUCCAUCAACCAAAGUUGAAUAAACCCACCGGUUUCAGUUUACCAUUUGAUCCUGUCGAUCGUAUAGUUGAAUAUGUGCCUAGUCGUGAUCGUCCAAACGAUGAUCCCCGGUGGAUGUUUACUGGCAUUAUGAGUUCUCAUUUCGAGGCAUUCUGUAAAUCCUCAGCUAAACAAACUUGUUCGUCACCAGCAGCAGCAUCAUCAUCAUCAUCUGACUCGCAUACUGAUCACUGGAUAUCAGGCUUCUUUGAUUGGGGCACAUGGCAAGAAACAUUAUCAUCAUGGGCUGCUGGGGUUGUAACUGGACGAGCACGUUUAGGUGGCAUUCCAUGCGGGGUUAUAACAGCCGAGACAAGAUCAGUUGUUUGCCGUGUUCCAGCGGAUCCAGCUAAUUUAUCCUCUGAAGCACAAGUUUUCAAUCAAGCUGGUCAAGUAUGGUAUCCUGACUCAGCGUAUAAAACUGCUCAGGCUAUUGCUGAUCUGUCACGUGAACACUUACCUUUAUUCAUUUUUGCUAAUUGGCGAGGAUUCUCCGGGGGCAUGAAAGAUAUGUAUGAUCAAGUUUUAAAAUUCGGUUCAAUGAUCAUUGACUCUUUGCGCCGGUAUACCAAACCAGUUUUUGUCUACCUCCCCCCGAAUUCACAACUUCGUGGCGGUGCUUGGGUUGUUGUCGAUCCGGCGAUUAAUCCAGACUUCAUGGAAAUGUAUGCAGAUCCGGUGUCAUCACGAGCUGGUGUUCUUGAACCAGAGGGAACAGUUGAAAUUAAAUUCAGACAGCAAGAUUUAAUUAGUACAAUCAACCGACUGGAUGAUUCAUGUAGACUGUUAGUAAAAGAAAUUAAUAAUCUGAGUAAACCCGGAGGGAAUUUAUCGUCGUUUAGUAUUAAUGGAGAACAGUGCAGUACAAAAUCAUUAAAUCUGUCUACAGAGGAACGUUGUCAGCAGUUGCGUACUGCAUUGGAAUCCAGACAGAAAGAAUUAUUACCAUUCUAUCAACAGGUGGCUUGUACAUUUGCUGAUUUGCAUGAUACACCUGGUCGUCUGUUAGCCAGAAAGCUUGUACACAACCUAGUCGAUUGGUCGAACAGUCGUAGUUUCUUCUAUACACGACUUAGACGUCGCCUACUAGAGCUGUCCGCGUUGAAUCUUCUCUCCGGUGUCAUACCGCAUUCCAAUGAUCCGUGUCCAAUUGACACAGAGUAUGUCACGUGUAAAGUUGACGAUGACAAGGAUAUUUCAUUUGUCAACUUCAAUAAAGCUCAAAAGUGUAAUAGAAGUGCAGAUGUUUUGUGUAAAGAAGAGAUGGAGGUGAAACAAUCACCAGUUAAACUUCUUCGCGUGGAAAGUAAUCAUAGAAUACGUUUUGACUCGGAAAGUCUUACUCAGUCGGUCACAAUAAACGAUUUGUCGACAAAUUCCGAUGGUAGACUAUCCAACCUGAAAUCUACACUGAGUAGAAACGAAGAGGCCGCUGAAAAUAUUGCCAAACAAGUACCUCAUUUAGCUGUGGAUUAUACCUCGCAUACUGGUUACAAAAUGUCACUUUUAAAGAAUUGGUUCAUUGAAGCAAUGCAGGGUGGAAGUUCUUCAGAUAGAACCACCACUUCGUCAACGGUGAAUGGAAUAGUUGUAGUAGUAGCAGCUGCAGAAGCACAUGAAACAACUGAUCCUCGAAAUAUUUCAUCGAAAUCCUGCGAAAGCGAUGAAAAAGGCCUGAAUGACACAGAAAAACCAAACUCAUCUUCACUGCUUGAACAGUGUUCAACUGAUCCUAAUUAUCUAUGGGAGAAUAAUGAUCUAAUUGUUGGUAAUUGGUUAGCUGAUGAAUUGGACUGUAAUGAAUUGCGUCAUUUAGCGAGUAUCAAGCUUGUUAAAGAAUUUUAUUCACCUGUUACACCAACAUGCCUUUCAUUUAUCCCAGUCGAUAAUUUCCCUCAAUAUGAUAAGUUGGAUAUUCACUCUUUAUUUAAACGAAAAUAUAUAAUAAAAGAAAAGAUUAAACAGUUGAAAAGAGAUUAUUUAAUGGAGCAUAUUAAACAAUGCCUUAUGAAUAGUUCACAGCUGUCAACCAGUGAAUUAUCGACGCUAUUUAAAAGUGUGCUAAAUCCAUCUGAACGUGGUCAGUUAGCCAGUCUUCUGCUUUCAGAUUCCACUGAAAUGAACACAAAUGAUGAACACAAGCCUCCUUCUCCAACUCAUCAUCCCGUUGAAGAUACACUGGUGACUGAAGAUGAAUUUUUCUCUUCUCUGAAGCAAAACAAUUAAUUAAUCAGUAUAAAUAAUUGUCUGUCCAGUACAUGCAUACAUAUAUAUAUGUAUAAACAUUUAUAAAUAGCCUAAAGCGCUUUCACGUAAAUUAAUCUGUUCAUUCACUUUUCUUAUACAUUCGUGUAUUCACGCAUUCAUCCAUCCAUCCAUUCAUUCAUUGAUUCAUGCAGUGCUCAUAUAGGAUUUGUUUCAUUCCAUCAGUCUUUACCUAUUUACUGACUUACUUACUUUCUUUUUGACUUCAUGUCUUUCUUUAUUGUGAUGAAAUCAAAAAUUGUGUCUUUCGUCGACAUCACUGAACAUAUAUACGCGUACACACAUACAUACACACUAGUGAUAAAAUUCUGGUGGCUACUAGUAAUAAUAAUGUCUGCCGGCUUUCACUUAGUUAAUCAGUGAUCUUCGGUUGUUGCUGUUAUUGUUGUUGUUGACUGUUUAUUCUCUUCUCUCUCUUUCUUCUUCUUGUUCUUCUUCUUCUUCAUAAAAGUACAUUUCCACCAGGGUCAAUGAACAAAAAGAGAAUUCCAAAGAGGCGUGAUUAUUUAUUGGAUUAACUCAUAGACUAGGAAGGAGAGUUAGAAGAAGAAGAAG